AUGACGAGCCUCUCAACAAAAUUGGCUCAGCUGGAGGCCUCUGGCAAGCCUAUUCAAGUCGGGAUCAUUGGUGCAGGCAAGUUUGGUUCCAUGUACAUAUCACAAGCGCAUCUCACCAAAGGCGUCAGACUAGCGGCAAUUGCAGACUUGUCACGAGAACGUGCUCUGGCUUCGUUGAAGCGCACAGGCUUUCCUGAGGACAAAUACGAUGUCAGCCUUUCACUUCGUGAAGGUCUAGAAGCUGGCAAGACCGCAAUAACUACUGACUCGGCAGAACUUAUUGCACAACCUGGCAUUGACGUGAUUCUUGAAGUUACAGGCAGCCCUGCUGCAGGAGUACGACAUGUGCUUCUUUGCUGCGAGCACAAAAAGCAUAUUGUUAUGGUCAAUGUCGAAGCAGAUGUGUUAGCUGGUCCUCUCCUUGCUAGAAAAGCUCAAGAGGCAGGUAUAAUCUAUUCAAUGGCUUAUGGUGAUCAGCCAGCGUUGAUUGCAGAAAUGGUUGAUUGGGCACGAGCCGCUGGCUUCAAUGUCGUCUGCGCUGGCAAAGGAACAAAACAUUUGCCAGAAUAUCACUAUUCAACUCCAGAUACCGUAUGGUCUCACUAUGGAUUCACAGAUGAGCAAUUAGCCUCGGGUGAUUUCAACAAGCAAAUGUUCAACUCCUUCCUCGAUGGAACAAAAUCUGCUUUGGAGAUGUCUGCAGUUGCCAAUGGUUGUGGUUUAAGGCCACCAAAUGGUCUCAAAUUUCCACCUUGCGGUACACACGAUCUGCCUCAAGUACUGAAACCAAAGUCCGAAGGUGGUCAGAUGGAAUCGUAUGGCACAGUAGAGGUCGUUUCCUGUCUCGAAACAGAUGGUCGCUGGGUACAUAAUGAUUUAAGAUGGGGCGUUUAUGUGGUUAUCGAAGCUAAGAGAGAUCUCAUGGUUGGCGAAAAGUUAGAUGGCGAGGGGGGAUUUAUGGUGUAUGGCAAAAUCAUGUCAGCCGAGAACUCCCUCGAGAUUGAGGGUCUUCCUAUUGGUCUGGCACAUGGCCUAAUUUUGAAAAGAGCUGUGAGAAAGGACCAGGGAUUGAGCUGGCAAGAUGUCGAAUGGAGUGUCGAGUCACAAGCAGUCGCAGUGAGGAGAGAGAUGGAGGAUGUUUACAGGAAAGAAUUCGCGGGAAGAGUGAAUGGCAAAGCCAACAGCAAAGUCGAUAGCAAACUUGUUGAUGGCGCAAGUGUUGUCGUCAAUGGCCAUUGA